ACGGGAGCAGUUUCAUGGCCUCGGGUCUAUGUACUGCAGAGGAGCGGCCGCGGUGAUUCUCACGUAUGAUGUGAACAGCCUCCAAAGCCUGACGGAGCUGGAAGAAAGAUUCUUGGCACUGACAGACAGUGCGAGUGCUGACUGCAUUUUUGCUAUUGUUGGAAAUAAAGUUGACCUCAGCGAUGACUGUGCUUUACCACCGGAUGAAAAUAGAGCUGAGAAGUCUGUUGCCAGCUGUGGCUCGAAGGUGCGAAAACAAGUCCGUGCAGAGGAUGCGAUUGCGCUCUAUAAAAAGAUACUGAAAUACAAAAUGCUAGAUGAGAAGGAUGUUCCAGCAGCUGAGAAAAUGUGCUUUGAGACCAGUGCAAAAACAGGUUAUAAGGUGGACUACCUCUUUGAAACUGUGUUUGAGAUGGUAGUCCCGAUAAUUGUACGGCAGAAAGCCGAGGGGCCAUCGCAAACUGUAGACAUUACUGACUACAAGCCAGCAAAAAGGACAAAAUCUGGUUGUUGUGCCUGAACUGUUUACAUGACAUAAGAAAAGGGGAGGGAUUGUUUGCUCCAGCAACCUGAGGAGUAACAAGUGCUUGCAGUUCACCAGAAAGGAAAAAUCAAAG